GAGGCAGCGGCCAAGCCCCGUUUACCUGCGACCGCGCAGAGCAUGAUGGGAGCCGCGGGAGGCAGUGACCCCGCCCCCUUACCUGCGGUCUCGCAGAGCAUGCUGGGAGCCCCGGGAGGCAGUGACCCCGCCCCCUUUCUGAGGCCGCGCAGAGCAUGCCGGGAGCUGGUGUCUGCACCGCUCGCGUCUGUUUGGACCCGACUUCGGUCCUUCUGGGGUGUUAAUGCUCCUAAAGCCCGAUCGCACGUGUCCAGACCCCAGCCUGUACGACGCUGACUCCGCCCGGUCCCAGAACCAAAACCAUGCUGGGGUGUGGCCUCUGACCCAACGCGGAGGGGACCUCACUUUGCGGGACCCCACCUGGAACCCGACCUCCCGGCCUCGCAGUCGGCCGGAGCCGCCAUGCGUGGGAAGUUGCUGCCGCUGGCCGGCCUCUACCUGGUGCAGGGCAUGCCCUACGGGCUCCAGUCCGGCCUCCUGCCCGUGCUGCUGCGCGCCGGCGGCCUCUCCCUGACGCGCGUGGGGUUGGCCAAGGUUCUCUACACUCCGUGGCUGCUCAAGCUGGCGUGGGCCCCGCUCGUGGACGCGCAGGGCUCGGUGAGGGCCUGGCUGACGCGCAGCACGGCAGGCUUGGGCCUGGUGUGUGGGCUGCUUGCCGGGCUGCCCCCUCCUGGAGCUGGCCAGGCCGGGCUGCCCGCCGCAGUGGCGGGGUUGCUGCUGUUGCUGAACCUGGGUGCCGCUGUGCAGGAUGUAGCCCUGGACGCGCUGGCUGUGCAGCUGCUGGAGCCGGCCGAGCUGGGGCCGGGCAACACCGUGCAGGUAGUCGCCUACAAGCUGGGGGCCGCGCUAGCCGGAGGCGCGCUGCUGGCGCUGCAGCCCACUCUCUCGUGGCCGCAACUCUUUCUGCUCCUGGCUGCCACCUACUGGCUGGCCGCGGCCCUGGCCUGGGCUGCACCAGCCCUGCGGCGGCUCCCACAGCCGGCCCCGUCCAAGCAACGUCCCCACACCGCGCACCUUCUGCGGGACGUGCUGGCUGUGCCGGGGACCCUGUGGACGGCAGGCUUUGUGCUCACCUACAAGCUGGGUGAGCAGGGUGCCAGCGGCCUGUUUCCUCUUCUCCUGCUGGACCAUGGUGUUUCUGCCCCUGAGCUGGGACUGUGGAAUGGUGUGGGUGCUGUGGUCUGCUCCAUCGCUGGCUCCUCCCUGGGUGGGACCUUGCUGGCCAAGCACUGGGAACUGCUGCCCCUGUUGAAGUCAGUGCUGCGGCUCCGCUUCGGUGGCCUAGCCUGCCAGACUGCCUUGGUCUUCCACCUGGACACCCUGGGGGCCAGCAUGGGCCUUGGCACAAUCUUGAGAGGUGAGGGGCUGGCCUUGAGGAGGGAGGAAAAGAGGGGCCAGGAGCCUGGGGCACUGCUGACCGCUGACCUCUGCCCUCGCAGGGUCAGCCUUGCUGAGCCUAUGUCUGCAGCACUUCUUGGGAGGCCUGGUCACCACAGUCACCUUCACUGGGAUGAUGCGUUGCAGCCAGCUGGCCCCCAGGGCCCUGCAGGCCACACACUACAGCCUUCUGGCCACUCUGGAGCUACUGGGGAAGCUGCUGCUGGGCGCUCUGGCCGGAGGCCUGGCCGACGGGCUGGGGCCACAUCCCUGCUUCUUCCUCCUGCUCGUCCUCUCCGCCUUACCCGUUCUGUACCUGGGCCUGGUACCCAGCACCUUUCUCUGAGCUGGGUGGCUGGACUGGUCAGUAAAGCCACGUGUGCCUAGAGUAUGUGAUGUGCUUGUCCCCAGGUUGGGGGCUGCCUCAUUGGCCAGGAGGGCCCAUAAAAACAAUGUGAGCACUUUAUAUUCUA